AUGUUUCAGGCUUAUGGAGUCGUGACCGACGUUUUCAUAGCGUACAAAAGUAGAAGAAGACUCACAGAGGGUUCUACUUUUGCUUUUGUUAGAUUCAGUAGCAAACAUGAAGCAAUCACAGCAGUCCGUAGGGCAGAUGGUAGGAUCCUGGAUGGUUUUAAGAUUAGAGUCUUUAAUGAUAACAUCGGAGUUUCAAAGAAUAAAAGGGCUGAGAUUGUUGAAGGAAGGGCAGUUGAAGUUGUUGAUAAUACUCAGCAUGCUACUAAUCUAGCAUCAGGUAACGUGAUUCACGUUACGUUUGAAGACGAAAUAGACUCAUGGCCAAAUCCAAAUAACGACGAGAAAGGGUAUGAUGUGAAGGUCAGUAUUUGGCAUGAGCUUCUGGUUGUAAUUCAAUUCGAAAAUGUAAAGGAUCAUCUGGAGUGCUGA